AUUCUUCGAUGAGGCAGGCAUUGAUACUGGUGCCCUUAGCAGAGAAUUUCUCACAGAAAUGCUGGCAGAGGUCGAAAACAGACUCUUUGUUGGAGGGUCAGAUAAGAAAGGGAAGAAUCCUGUUUAUUGUCUCAACAGUUUGGACUCAAACUUCUUCAGGAGUGUGGGAGAGAUCAUGGCAGCUAGCCUUGCACAAGGCGGACCUUGCCCCAACUUCUUGCGCGACUGGUGCUUCAGAUAUCUCUGCUCUGGUGAUUCUGACAGUAUACAAGUGUCUGCCAGUGAUGUAACAGAUUUUGAACUAUCACAGCUUAUUGAGAGGAUAAACAGCACAGAUGAUGACAAGAUCAGUGACCUGGUUGACGAUAUUGUGACCUGUGGCUACACUGGAAUCGUGUCUAUGGAAAGAAGAGAUGCCAUGAUAAGAACUGUUGUACUUCACUCCACUGUGAGACUCAUCCCAAUGCUGGACCAGAUCAGAAAAGGCCUUCAGCUUUAUGACCUACCAAAAAUCAUGAAGACCCAUGAAGACCUCUGCCUACCACUGUUUGUUCCAGGGGAAGAUGAUGAGGUGGAUGCUACCUUUCUCCUGGAGAGGAGGCGCCCUGUCUUUAGUGAGACUGGUUCUGCCAAGCACCAGAAAGAAGUGAAGAUUAUGAACUUUCUCCAGGACUACCUCCAAGAAAUUGAGGAUUCUGAAAAAGAGGACCCCAGCAACAACAGCAUCACUCCAGAAGGUUUGACCGUAGGACGCAUCAUGCAGUGGAUGACUGGACAACGGCACAAGCCUGUUCUGCCAAGUGAAAAAAAGGACUUUGUGAUAACUAUGGAAUUCCACCAUGACUGUGACACACAACACACUGUUUGUUUUCCAACUGUAAGCGCCUGCAGCCGAACAGUCACAUUCCCCUCAGCUCACCUGAAAACAUACAGUGAAUUCAAAAACAUCCUGACUCAAGCCAUAUGCCUCGGGCAAACUUUUGACAGGGUGUAACCACUCAGUCUAAUGUAAGACAACCAAGUUACUGUGACAUUUCAAAUUGUUUUAUUCUUUUGUAAUUUUCAGGAGACAACUUGCUGUUUUCAAUUUUUUAAGUGUUAUAAAAGCAGU